CUCAGUCGAUCUCGAACCGUUUUUGUGGGUGGACGCAUCUCAAGCAAAGGUAGCCUGAUAGUUGCUAUUCCGCGACAUUCGCGGCACAUGUUUUUAGCAUUUGUUUCGAAACAGUUUCGGAAGCGCUGUUGUUGUGACUUCUCAGGUGACUUGUGUUGAAGCUGCUGGUAGAAGAAGAUCAUUUAUAUCGGUGGAUGUUUUGCGCUUCAUUACGACCAGAAAAAAACCGAUUGCUUUUGUGACGGUGUGUUACCGAAUAUAAGUGAUUUCAGCGAGCGGAUUCCAGCGUAGAAGGCGAACUUGUCUCCAAGUGGGUGCCACUGAAUUGGAAAGGAUUUCCACCGACGCACCGACUUCGUGUGGCACUUGUAUUGCUGCUGGUAGUGGUGUUUGGGGUGUUUGUGUUGAGGCAUAGUUCGCGUACUUACUGUGUCACGGGUUUAAGGAACCAUCGCUGAGCGGAACAAACUUCAACUGUUUCCAUAGUAGCAAGGCCAAACAAAAAUUCCGCUUCCAGAGACAGAUCCCGACUAGAUUCAGCUCAAAUCAACGGUGUAAGGUGACGGCCCCACGAUGGGAUUGGGCGGCAGAAUGGACUGCUGCGGGCAGUGUGUCAAGUAUAGCAUGUUCAUCUCCAAUUUCAUCAUAUUCAUAGGCGGAGCCAUCGUGUUCGGACUCGGUAUCUGGACGCUAGUCGACAAGAACUUCAUCAACGAGCUACUGGGAACGAAUCUGUUCUCCGGUGCAGUUUACGUACUGAUUGCCACCUCCGCACUGGUCUGUCUGUUGUCCUUCUUCGGUUGCAUCGGCGCUGCCAAAGAGUACAAAUGUAUGCUGCUGACGUACUUUAUUUUGAUUUUCCUGAUUUUUGUCACGAUGCUUAUCGGCGGCAUUCUGGGUUACGUGUUCCGCGAAAAAGUCUCCACCACGAUGCAACAGGAAAUGCACUCCUCCAUGACGUUCUACGGUGCAUACGGCAAACGUCACAUUACCCAGGCGUGGGACGUAACCCAGGAGCGGCUGAAAUGCUGCGGCGUCAAGCACUACCACGACUGGCGCGGAUCCAUCCCGCUGUCCUGCUGCCAGAAGACCCUAACGGAUUUCAAACCCUGCCAGGACAAUCCGACGCCGGAGAAUAUUCACAUCCAGGGCUGUUUGGACAUUACAUCCAAUCUGAUUCGGGAUAAUGCGGCCAUCAUCGGGGCGUCGGGAAUCACCGUUGCCAUACUACUCAUAUUCGGGAUGAUCUUCUCCUGCGCGUUGUUCCGAAUGAUAGAAUAGCGUGGCAGGAUGUGAUUGUGCUUUUCAUCUUUUUGUUUUAACUAGAGUGGUAAAUUUGCGGGGCUUCGUCACGAAACGCACCAGUCAUGAUUUUGAUGGUUUUAAGAAUUGGAAUACGCGAUUUUACAUUGAUUACCGGUUGUUCUUAUUACCUGAGAGCAAAGAAAGUACAAUGAUAGGCAAGCUUAAGUUAUAGUUUUUGAAAUGAUUAACGACUUGAUUUUAAUUUAUAGUGCUAGAUGUAGUGGUAAACGCACAAUCCAUUUGGAACCGAAUCUCACCGAACCAGAGAAAAUGGGAAUGAGAUGUAAAUAAAAAUGCUGGGUGCAUUUAAAAAGUCAAAAACACGUAUGCAUGCUUUCAAUCACCACUUUUUAAACUUUAAGUUGUUUUUAAACUAUAAGUUCUAGUAAUAUGUGUCAAAUAACAUAACAAUUCAAUACAUGAAACGAAUAGAUGAUAUUCAUUCCCUCCCACAGUCAAAUGUGCUUACGUCGAUAUAUGUGUCAUUGUAAAAUUGAAAUGCUAGUGAAUAAAGUUUCAAAUAAAAA